CACUUUCUAUCCAACUACUCUCAUCUACAACAUUGUUUCCAUACAAUGUCCUGCUCUCACUGUUCAAAUUUGUUUUCACAAGCCCCACAAAUGUGUUUCAUUUGGUUAUAAAUUGUUGGCCUUCACAUGUCUCAGACUUCAAUUGUGGUUUACUCCAAAAUGGGCUUGCUCAAGCUUCCAUUGGUGGUUUUACUUUGCUCAGUUUUUUCUCUUUUGAGUUUCAUAGCACUCUGUGAUGCCUCAGAGCUCACUGUGAAGUUCUUGGAGACUCCCGCUGCAUUCUCAAAUCUCAACUCAACCAAAUUCGUCUUUGAAGUUCUUGUGGGUGGGAGUGGCGCUUGCACCAAUUGUAAUGUCACUUGCAAGUUGGAUGAUGGCUUUGGCCGCAUUAAUGCUUCUCAAUGUGAAAAUGGGACCGUUUUGUGUGAAGGCUUGCAGGAUGGAAAUCAUAAAUUUGAGGUUUGCCCCAACGGGACUCAAGGAGUUGGCUGCAGUAGCUAUGACUGGACUGUCGAUACUGUCCCGCCAACGGCAAAUAUCACCGCCUCAACUGAUUUCACAAAUGCUCUGAAUGUUUCUAUAAAUAUAUCUUUCAGUGAACCCUGUACUGGUGGAGGUUUUGUAUGUUCGUCUGUGAAAUGCAAUCUUUUGGUCUAUGGUGCUGGCCAAGUUAUACCAACCUCGCUCAAAAUGCUACAGCCAAACCUCCAAUAUUCUGUCCUUGUGGGUUUAUCAUCCACUGCUCAGUCUGGGCAAGUGAUUUUGGUAAUGGAUAAGAAUUUUUGUACUGACAGUGCAGGGAACAAAUUUGAAAGAAACAAGAAUUCUAAUUUCACUCUGCAUUUCGAUAGACGAAGUGUCAACUUUACUACUCACGUUCCUGAAAGGCGACUUCAAUUUAAUGGUAGAACUAUACUGGUGCGAGCAACCAAUAACUAUGAGGAACUAAGGCUCUGUUUAACCUUUCCAAAGCCUGUUAACAACACAUCUGAAGAAAUUAAAAAUUCUCUCAAAUCGGAAAUUUUAUAUUCUCACCAAAAGAGUCAGGGCUCACUUUAUCUGGUUGACACUAAAAAAUAUGGAGGGCCUAGAAGAUUUGAAUAUAAGGUUGUUGCAUAUACAUUUGACAUGAUUGUAGUCAAUGUAAGUGUUGAUACAACCUCUAUAAUAAGCAGACAGGGGACUCCAUUUUCCCCAGUUGAACCACUUACUUUCAUAUAUGAUUCUCGGAGGCCAGUUGUAAACUUGAGUACACAACCUACCGAAUUUUUGAGGCCUGCUGUAAUGUUGCAUACACCUUGGACAAGAGAACGCAACAUCCUUGUGUUGAUAGAAUUCGUGAAGCCUGUAUUUGGCUUCGACUCUUCUAAUAUAUUAAUCACAGGAGGGCAAUUACAGAGCUUUGAAGAAAUGUGUAAUGGUAUAUAUACUAUAGUGAUAAAAGCAGACCAAGAUAUUGUAUCUGUCAAUGUUCCUGGAAGCGUAUCUGGGGAUGUUGCUGGAAACAAAAAUCGGCCUUCCAGUGUUCUACAAGUAAUGCACUAUUCUGUGCCGAAAAUAUCAACUGUGUUUUCUGGAUCUACAACUGGUUCAUUUGUAGUGAUAGUUAUUGCUGCCGGGCUGCUUAAGGUUUCGAUGGCAAACUUUCAUUCCGUUGGGGAAAUCUCAAGUCCAUUUCCUUCUUUAUCUCAGCCUGAGAGUAAUCUUUUUGGAAUUGCAUGCCAUCUUCAGGUUAUUGCAUUAUCUGGAUGGUUGGCAGUGAGACUGCCAGUGGAGUAUUAUGAACUGAUAAGGAGUUUGCGAUGGACUAUUCCCUACUUAAGUCUUCCAUGGGAAAGGGAAACUGGGCGCACCCGUCUCCCUGCCAACACGCACACGUCUAAAAUUCAUUAUUCGGGAAUGUUUCUGCAUGAGCAACCGGAAGACCCGUAUUCGAAUUCGAGAGGUUUAAGUAGGUCCGCGGCUUAUGUGGCUGAAAUAAUUAAAUUAUUAGUUGAGAUACCAAAACCUAAUUCUACUCUUGGUCCACGUGCUUCUGGUAAUGGGUGGAGUGAUUUUCGUAAAAACGUGAUCUGGUUAGCCAUAAUUGUUGGCAGUUUCAUAACCGUGCAUGCUUUAUUCCUCAUCCUAAAGUUGAAGAACAAAAAUUCUAAAAAGCAGAGCGAUAAAGGAGUACUCACAUUCUCAAAAUUUGAAAUGGUCAUUGUAAAUCUUGCGCUACCUUGUAUUUGUCAGGCCUCUGCUGCUAUAAUCAGAGGAGGAACGGCAUCCGGGAUUGCUGUUGGCGUUCUGCUUCUGGUUGUAGUGUCUUUUCUACUGCUGGCCUUGCUCUUGUUCCUCUAUAAAGGUAUUACAUGUAAACAGCUACUUGAAUACGAGGAAGAUGAUGAGGGGGAUCUUCACUGGUAUGAAAAAAUAGGCCGAGCAUUUUUGGUUUUUGUUAAGAAACCCGAGUGGACAUCGAUAGACCAACAGAAGUCUAAUUAUCUAACCAUUUUAGGGUCUCUAUAUGAAGAUUAUAGAGGCCCUCCAAAGUCCAAGCUCUCACAGAUUUCUGGGGGCAGUUCCCAUACACAAGCUGAAGCACCUUUUAUCCAAAAGCUGUUUGGAAAACUCAGAAUAUACUACACAUUGCUUGAGUCUGUUAUCCAAAAGCUAUGUGGAGAACUAAGAAUAUACUACCCAUUGCUUGAGUCCGUGAGACGUGUUUUGCUAGCGAUUAUGGCUGGUCUCUAUGAGCACAACUCGUUUUCUAAGAUUCCUACCAUAUUCUCCUUAUGCAUCAAUUGUUUUCAUCUCUUCUUCCUUGUUCUCGAGAAGCCGUUUAUUAAGAAAAACAUUCAGUUGCUUGAGAUCAUGGCAGUUUCCAGUGAAGCAUGUAUAUCGGCUAUUAUGUGUGUUCUCGGAGAGAAGAAAUUGUCAGACAAGGAUGGGAAGAAAUUUGGAAUUCUCAUGAUUAUACUUGUCCUAGUGGGAAUUUUACCACAGAUAAUGAAUGAAUUGUAUGAUUUGUAUAAACAGAUAAAGCAGCUGGACUCUGAGAAGCAUUCCUUUUUAACCGGUUUGAAAACAGCUUUAUCUGGAUUAACUUCGCUUUUCAGCUCAAAGGAGUUUCCAUUAAGAAGGCCCCCAGCUUUAAAGGAUAAUACUGCAGACUCCAACUCUAAACCAACCUCUGUUGCAGAUGAAGAUAAAGCUACCUCUACCUCUACCUGUACCUCUUAUCAAGUCAAAUCUCCAAAUCAAGAUUGAACCAAAAUUCACCAGUCCUUCGGCUGAAAGUAACAGGAACUCUAGGAGUAGGAACAGGAACAAGAAUUCUUGGAGUAGGAACUCGAGCACAACUGUUCCAGAAAAAUCAUGGUUGAACCAACACCACUCUUUGAUUUAUUAGGUGCUAUCUUUAGUUGCUUAGUUGUUACAUGUUAGGAUAGACUUUAUCCUUUUAUCCUUCGCAUUGUCUUAGCUUAUCAUUUGUUUUAGUUCACCUCAACUUUAUCUCAUUGUUGAGUUACGUUUUCAAGCAUAUAAGGCAUCUGUAAAAGCCUAUGAACAAUUAUAAUAGAUUAUUAUCAGAAUGUGUAUGAGAAAAAUCAAGCUUAUGAAAUUUUUUCUUUGACGUUUA